UCUCAGCUCGCUCAGAGAGUCAACGUACGCAGAAAGGAGGAAGAUGUCCGCCGUGCUGAUGCUGCGGAUGUUGGUACAUGAGCGGAUCAGCGCUGCCGCUGAAGACUUCCUGCUUCAGGUGGAGAAAGGAGGAGGAAAGGCUCAAGUCCCGCCGAUGAGAGCGAUGCUCACCGAGCGGCUCACGGCGGCGGCAGAGGAGAUCCUCGCUGGGCUUGAGGAAACCUUGGCAGAGUACGAAGACAGAGUGGAGCGGUCCGAGCGAUCCGAGCGGGAGAGCUGCCGCGAGAGGAGGCUGCUCGAUGCCAUGAUGCAGCCCGUAGUCCGGCUGCACAUAGAAGUGUGUCCUGCAGACGUCCAGCAACUGAUGGUGAAUAAAGAAGAUGUUCCCCCUGAGCAGCAGCAGUGGAGCCCCCUGGUGGACCAGGAGGACCCAGAAUCCCCCCACAUUAAAGAGGAACAGGAGGAACCGUGGACCAAUCAGGAUGGACAGCAGCUUCAAGAACUGGAGGAGGCUGAUAUCAAGUUCACAUUGACUCCUGUCGCUGUGAAGAGUGAAGAAGAGGAAGAGAAACCUAAAUUGUCAAAGCCUCAUCAGAGUGAGAUGAAGGAGAACAGAGCGGACUGUGGAGGACCAGCACCAGCCAGGAACUCAGGUUCUGAUGGACGUUUACAGCGAGGUCCGGAGGACAAGACUGAAGACAGUGAGGAUGAUUUGAUGGAGACCAGUGAACCUCAGGCUGGUUUAAAUACAAGAAAUAACAAACAGCCUGUAAGUGAUUUGGGAUGUAAGACAGAAACAAAAUUGUUUAGUUGCUCUGAGUGUGGUAAAGGAUUUAACAAAAAGAGCCAUCUAAAUAAACAUAUGAGGAGUCAUGGAGCAGAGAAACCAUUCAGUUGCUCUGAGUGUGGUAAAAGAUUUAUCCAAAAGGGCCAUCUAAAUAUACAUAUGAGGAUUCAUAGAGGAGAGAAACCGUUUAGCUGCUCCGAGUGUGGUAAAAGAUUUACCCAAAGGGGCAAUCUAAAUAUACAUAUAAUGGGUCAUACAGGAGAGAAACAAUUUAGUUGCUCUGAGUGUGGUAAAAGAUUUAUCCAAAAGGGCCAUCUAAAUAUACAUAUGAGGAUUCAUAGAGGAGAGAAACCGUUUAGCUGCUCCGAGUGUGGUAAAAGAUUUACCCAAAGGGGCAAUCUAAAUAUACAUAUAAUGGGUCAUACAGGAGAGAAACAAUUUAGUUGCUCUGAGUGUGGUAAAAGAUUUAUCCGAAGGGGCUAUCUAAAUAAACAUAUGAUGGGUCAUACGGGAGAGAAACAAUUUAGUUGCUCCGAGUGUGGUAAAAGAUUUAUUCAAAAGGGCUAUCUAAAUAUACAUAUGAGGAUUCAUAGAGGAGAGAAGCCGUUUAGUUGCUCUGAGUGUGGUAAUAGAUUUAUCCAAAAGGGCCAUCUAAAUAUACAUAUGAGGAUUCAUAGAGGAGAGAAACCGUUUAGUUGCUCUGAGUGUGGUAAAAGAUUUAUCCAAAAGGGCCAUCUAAAUAUACAUAUGAGGACUCAUACAGUAGAGAAACCGUUUAGUUGAACUGAGUGUGGUAAAAGAUUUAAAACUCAGUCCUAUUGUACGAGACGUGAGAAUUCAUAAAGGAGAGAAAUGAUUCAGUUGCAACCUUUGCAACAAAAGAUUUAUCAGCACAUAUUCAUAGUUCACUGUAUUAAAUAUACUAUUAACAGUUUUAAUGUCCCUAGAAAAUAUAACUCAUUGAAUAACAAGUAAUAUUUGUAUUUAUACAUCUUGUUUCUCCUAAUUUAUCAAUUUUUCAUAAUGUCCUUGUCAUUUUAAGGUUAAGUGUAUUCUUUGCACAGUAUGAAUGUGUGUUCUAAACUAGUUCAUAUGAUUAUGUUGUUUUAAAACAACGGUUUCUUGGUUCGUCAGAUUCAAUGACAGUGUGUGUUCUCCUUUAUGUAUGGAAUUUGUUUCCAAGAAUAAAAGUCUAAUAAAAAGGUCA